AUGCAAGCAUGGGAGGGCAAGAAGAAAUCGGUAGGCGGAGUAGGCCAACACAUACCAGUGGAUAGGACAAGGACUUCACGACACCACAGUCCUACAGAACUAGCUGGAGGCAUAAACGGAAGCAAAUUAGGGGCGACACAGUAUCUUUACACACUAGCUAGCCUUAAGAAGGAUCAGCAAGACCAAAAGGAGCAGAAGGAGGCUCUUCUUCUACUUGAUGCUAUGGAGCUUCCCGACUCUGUCUAUAAGGUUGCUUUGAAGAAAAUACUAGACACCAUGGCCUUUCAUAUGUUUCUUAACAUGGCGAAUGACUGGAAACGACGCUGCUUUUGGAGGUUUGGGCUGAGGAGGCUUCUGGAAGUGGUUGACGACGACAUGAUGGAAAUAGAAGACGAAUCAACAGGGCCAUUCGAACCAUAUGAUGAUGAGUCUGAUGAAGAUAUUAGAAGACCCUUCCGUGAAUCAAGCAUUACAGGAAUGCAAUGGGUUAACGAGCUUUUGGAGGGGAACCCUACAAGAUUUUACCAUGCCAUGGAAUUGCAAAGGAGAGGCGUUCAUGGCCUUUACAAGCAAAAAAAAGUGUGCAUUGAAGAAAGUGUGGGUAUAUUUUUGCACGCAAUAAGAGGACAUCAACGACAUAGGCGUUCAGGUGAGACUUCUAGACGAUCUAAUGAAACUAUUUCACGACAUUGUCAUAUCAUUAUCACUGCCCUCGCUGAUAUGGGACUGGAUUACAUUCUACCACCAGACGUGAAUCGGCAUGGGUUCCCCGUGGUCAUCGAGGCUUACAGAUGCAGAAAAGGAUAUUUAGCCCAAAACAUGAUGGUUUCUUGUGAUUUCGACUUGAAGUUCACCUUCGUGUUGGCAGGAUGGGAAGGUAGCGCUAAUGAUGCCCUAAAUUUCAAAGAUACAUUGUCCAACCAAGGUAUCAAUUCCCUUCCCACCACCGGGUUAAUAUUAUGUGCUCGAUUCUGGGCAUUCAAACCAUCUCGGUUUUUUGGCGCCAUACUGCAGCAAGAGAUAUCAUCUGCCAGAGUGGACGGAAUGGUUGUGGCUUGUUGUGUUUUACACAAUUUCAUACUGACGCAUCAAGAAAAGAACACGACACCGACCCAGUUCUUACAGCCCGAUUAUGUUCGCCAAUGUGAUGCGGAUGAUAUGACGCUCCCGUUUAUGGAUAGAUCGCAUCCCUCGGCAGCGGGCGAAGAGGAGCAAUGUACAUUGCGUGAUAGAAUUGCAACGGCUCUAUGGGAAAAUCAUGUGAACGACAAUCGUUAA